UUAACCGGUGUCUGGUAUGUUAAAACGACUUUUUAAUGUACGAUGACAAAAGUCAUGACUAAUGCCAUGUCACUCAGCGUGCCGAGAACGUUCCCAAAUUGCUCACUUUUUAUUAGAUUCAAAAUUGGAUCGAGUAGUGGGUUCAGCUUCAUGAAAGUUCAGUCCAGCGUUAGACAUUAACGAACCAAUGUUUCAAGUGUAAUGUAACUGCUCUCCGUCGCAGAUUUUACUGCAGCUAUAGCAUGUUCUCAGUAAUGAAUUUUAUUUGCAGCGCUUCACUGCUGCUGCUAGUACCGUCGUAUGGUGCCGCGUUCCAGUUUUUCUGCCACAGCAUGACGUGUACCAUAACGAAGUGGUCUCCCAGCGAGGAAGGCUCAUUUAUGCUUGCCCAUAUCCCGAACGAUACUGUACUAUUGAAGCUUGUCAAUCUUAAAACCAACACAUUCCACUUGUAUACCAUCGAGUGGGUAAAAAUCAGUGGAAUCGGAGUCGAGGUAGAACGUUCUUCCGUCAAAAAGGUGAUAAUGCCGGCGUCCGACAACAUAACACGCCUGAAGCUGGCGCGAACGUAUCUCAGUGACAUCGUGUUCGAUGAGGGUAAUGAGCGGUUAGCCUUUCUUACCAUUUCCGACAGCCGGCUUAAAGCCGUCCCGAGCACAAUCGUGCACCUGGCAGCGUUGGAAACGGUCGAAAUAUCGAAAUCGCCUAUCGAAACGGUCAACAUGAAUCUGUUUGGCAAGCUAACGCGUCUGCACCAUAUUAACCUGUGCGAUAAUAAGAUACUGUUUCUUCAUCUGUCCGAUGCAGCGGGUGGUAAUUUUGCGCAACUGAGAUACCUGUUUCUGAGCGGCAAUCUGCUCACCGCGAUCAACUUGAGCGUGUUCAACGGCAUGACGUCACUGCAGGCGCUAGAUCUACAGGACAAUCGUAUCCGGCGUGUGCAGGGGGCGCUGGUGUUAAGUACGUUGAUAACGUUCGAUCUCUCUGGGAACCGGAUUGAUAUGCUGAACUGUUGCGAAUGGAAUCUAACCAAAUUGACUCGUUUCACAAUGAGCCAUAAUGAGCUGUCGCGACUACCGACCUGCCUAUCGUUGGCCAUGCCGAACGUUACCUAUCUCAUACUAGACUCUAACGCACUGACCGAUGAUGAUUCGUGGUACAACAUUUUCACGCUGGAACGAUUGCAGCAGCUAGACAUUAGCCACAAUCGGCUGACGAAGGCGGUAUACGAUACCCUUUCGCCACCGUUGGGAAUUCUCAACCUGCAAUACAAUAACAUAAAAGUUCUAAGUGUUCCGAUAGCGGGCAAAGGCUUGAAAAUUAAUGUAUCCUUCAAUUCAAUUGAUACGUUCGAUAUCAAGAGUUUGUCGCCGAACGUUUCGUCCUUGGAAAUGUUUUGCAACCCAAUCGACUGCUCGUUCGAUCGAGAACGUAUGCCAAUUGGGCAGGAACCGGUAUGCCCCAACGUACAGAUGAGGAGUUGUGAUACGUCAAAAUAAAA